GAAGGUUUCUGCGGCCUGCGCGGCCGCCAUUUAUUUGUCCUAAAGCGGAGUCCCUCUCAGCCUCUGGAGGUCCCGAUGGCAAAGCAACAGAGCCGCGAGCAGGGAAUCACUUUGCGGGGGAGCGCCGAGAUGGUCGCAGAGUUUUUUUCAUAUGGCAUCAACAGUAUCUUAUACCAACGUGGGAUCUAUCCUGCUGAAACCUUCACGCAUGUUCAGAAAUAUGGACUUACUAUGCUUGUAACUGCAGAUUCUGAACUUAAAAACUAUCUGAAUAAUGUAGUAGGACAGCUAAAAGAAUGGCUCUCUGAGUGCUCAGUUCAACGGCUCGUUGUGGUGAUCUCCAGUAAGGAAACCAGUGAAGUUCUUGAAAGGUGGCAGUUUGACAUUGAAUGUGAUAAAGCUGCAAAAGAAGAAAAUACACCAAGAGAGAAAUCUCAGAAGGCUAUUCAGGAUGAAAUUAAAUCUGUUAUCAGACAAAUAACAGCUACAGUGACAUUUCUUCCUUUGUUAGAAACUACUUGUGCAUUCGAUUUACUAAUUUACACCGACAGAGACUUGGCAGUUCCAGAACAAUGGGAAGAGUCAGGCCCACAGUUCAUUGCUAAUUCAGAAGAAGUCCGCCUUCGUUCUUUCACAACAACUAUCCACAAAGUCAGUACUAUGGUGGCAUACAAAAAGGAGGCCUUUCCUUGACGGGGCAAAUGCCACUCUUGUAUAUAAGCUGUCUUUUCAUAAACUGUCAUAGCCAGUUGUAUUGCAUUCUGAAUAGAUCCUGGAGAUCUACUGUAGUUCAGUUUGAAUAAUAGCAGCAAAAAUGCACAUUGUACAUGCCCACAAUUGGUAACUGGAGCUUUGUCAUUUACACCAUAAAUAGACCUUUUACCAAAAGCUAUCAUUCCAAAUUUUAUAAUGAAAAUGCUUUCCUUUUCAACCUGGAUUGAAUAAUGGCAACUCAGAAAUUCCUUAAGAACAAAAUACAGUAUGACAGCUGGGUUAUCUGCCUUGAACCAUGAUCAUGGAGAAAUACUGUGGAUAUAUAUGCUAACAAGCUGGGGUCUGUUUUUGUCACUGUGUUAUCUGUCCAAUAUAGAAGCAGCAUAAUAGAUACUUUAGGGGGGAAUUAUAGUGUCUAUUCUGUAUCCUCAACAGCUUGGAGUUCUUCCUCUUGAACAGGAAUGCUUUGUUAUAAAUGUCAGUCCAAUGUCUUUUUUAAGUGUUUGCAUCCUUUUGUAGAAUAAAACCUUUAAAUUUAUGAAAUACUA